UUUAGUAGUGUUUUUAGGCCAAAACUACCCAAAAUGGCGAAGAAAGACCACAAAGCUCAUUCCUUAAUCAUGCUGUGUGUUCAUCAUCUACUGUGAUUCAUCAAACUGAGAGAAAAGUGCCACCGAUUUUGUGAAACGAUGAUGUUUGUGGAGUCCAAUGAUGUUGACGGUACCGUAGCGCUUUGACCUGUGCUGUACCGUGUAUUGACACUUCUUCACCGUACACAAUGCGUGUCACACCCACGCUCACAACUCUCGUACACGUACAUUGGACUGUGCCAAUCCCACGGCCCAACCCUGAAUAGCUCGCUGAAAAUCUGUUAAGCCAUUGUACUCUGUAGUACUUUUUCUCGUAAUAAUCCCUGGACUUUAGACGCGGCAACAUGGAGAGCAGUAGUGUGAUGAUCAUUAUCGGUGCCUGCUUGGCCAUUGGCGGCAAUCUCCUGAUCAGUGUGUCGAUGAACAUACAGAAAUAUGCUCUGAUGAGACUAGAAAACCAAGGCUUUCACGCCGAGACAAGUCACGAUUACCUGAAGAGCAGACUAUGGUGGCUGGGAAUCGCCAUGAUGGUCACCGGUGAGAUCGGUAACUUCAUGGCGUACGGCUUCGGGCCAGCCACGGUGGUUGCACCGCUAGGCACCACGACAGUAGUAGCGAAUGCUUAUAUAGCAAUUGUCUUUUUAGGAGAAAAGCUCAGAGCAAGGGAUGUACUAGGAACAUAUCUCAUCAUUGUCGGUGCUUUUCUUAUAGUUGUAUUUUCAACACAGGAUAACACCAGAUUAUCGGCUGAACAGAUCGACAGUCAUAUAUUGAAGCCGGCAUUUCUAGUUUACUUGGGAGCGGAAGUUGUUGUUUUCAUCGCUGUAAAUAUAAUUAUUCAUCACUAUGGAGCACUGCAUGUCAUUCUAUUUAUUCUACCAGCCGCUAUUCUAGCUUCUCUGACAGUUAUUAGUUCGAAGGCUGUAUCGGGGAUGAUCACUCUGACUGUAGGGGGCGACAGUCAACUCACUUACGCCAUCUUCUACAUUAUGAUCAUUGUCAUCUUCGUUACAGGAGUAAUACAAAUAAGAUAUGUCACUCGAGCCAUGCAGUCCUUCCAAGCGACCGUAGUAGUCCCGACAUUCUUUGUGUUUUUCACUGUUAGUGCAAUAUUGGCAGGUAUCUUUUUCUACGGGGAAUUCAACGGGCUCACGUUUGUGCAAGUUGUGAUGUUUCUAUUCGGGUGUUUUUGUUCAUUUGUGGGAGUGCUGUUCAUAACUCAGGGACGGAACGGUGAACAGUUGGCGCCGCUAGACAGUCAGUAUCACGCAGGACCACCGAAAGCACUGAUGCCAAUCUGUCCGUUCCCAUGCACGAAUCAUCUUGUGCAGCCAUCAGAUGAUGACAAUGACGAUGAUCCGAAAGAGGUGGAGUUGAAAUCAUUGGUGGAUGGUGACGAAACGGAUGUUUCUGAAUCAGUCUUUUCCAACGGAACGGGGAAGUCGCUCUUCAAUCCGGCCCUACAGAUGACGAAGACCGACACGAAGGAGAAGUCGUCACUGAAACCUUCUGAUUUCACGCAAGGGGAUUCUGGGAUGGCAAGGACAUCCACCGGAGGUGAAACGACGUGAUCUGAUGCGAAAUCGCCCAACUCUGAUGGCUUUUUGUGAUGGCCUGGUGAGAUUCCGAGCUAUAAGACGUUGAACAUGCCAGGUCGAUUUGAAGCCAAUCGUGAACUCGGACUUGGACACCAGAGGGCGCUGUCUAACAACGUGAGCUUGCAAAGGACACUUUGGCCAAGUUCGCGCAAGGAC